GCGCAUUAAGUUGAUGAAGCAGCUGCGGUGAGAGCUCGGCGGUAAAUGUGAACGGGGCCGUCAGGGCUAUUUAACCGUCUGAAACCCUCGCCUCUGGCAUGGCGAUCAAAGAGUGAAGAAAAGGAAAGGAGUACCAUGCAAAAGUUUGGGCACCCCAAGAAAUUUGAGCUCUCAGACACAGAAGCAAGCAAGGCAAUGGAAAUGCAUGUUUGCAGAAUCUGGCCACUGACAACACCGGACACUGUACACUAUCUGAAGAUAGGUUGGGAUGAAGACUUGGGAAAUGGCUUCACAAUAACUCUGUGCAAUGGAGAACAAGCAUGGAGUGGAAGUGUGUCAAGUGAUCAGAUAACAAUAGAAGCAAAUGAGGCUGAAAUGGACAGGGAAAAGUAUGUGGAAGACCUUCGAUGUGCACUGCUAACACGGGAUGAAAAGACAAACCGUUACAGCUUUGACUUUAUAAAGGACAGCGAAAGAGAAGUUUUCCAUUUCUCCUAUGAGAAGGUCUCACAAGACAUCUCAUUUAAGCUUGGCUCUGUGGAAUUGAAGGAGGUCUCUAGCACAACAGAAGUCAUCAAGGAACUCAUUGACAUAGUUCUCCAGAGCAAUACAGAGCUACGGAGCAGAAAUAACUCCCUGCAACAAGAAAACAAGAGAUUGUUGAGUGAGCGCAACAGUGGCUUGGAACGGCUGGAGGAAUAUGUAAAGGCUAAAGAAGACCUGGAACAAGACCUCUAUUCACGUUUCAUCUUGGUGCUUAAUGCAAAGAAAGCCAAGAUUAGACAAUUACUAGAACAUUUAAAGUGUGUUCGUGAGCAGACAGAAGAUGGAAUUCAAUGCAGGACUGCAGCUGCCACCGGUCAGGAAACCUUAUUAACUGAGGAAUGCAACACUGAUGAAGACCACAGUAGCCAUACCUCUACAAGUAGAAGCUUGGCUCAACCUUCCACGUCAGUUACUGGUUUUAACCGGCACAGAAUAAUGGAGCCAACCACGGGUUCAUCUUCCUCUGUCAGGCCUCAACACAGCGACCACCCCCAGCGACGGCUGCCCUGGCUGUACCUGCACUUUCGUGAAUCUAGUUCGCUGUAUCACCCAAGAGAUCAGAAAAGCACCAUAUUAUUUAGGCUGCAGAUUGCAGCGAUCUUAGUUCAGAAGUAUAUCUACAAGAGUGUCUCAAAAGUUCAAAGCUUAAUUUAUUAUCAAAGUAUACAACUCUGAAAUUGUUCUUCUCCAGAAAGCCAGGAAACCAAGAAAGAAAAGAAUGGCAACAUAUUGGUCAACCACCAGAUCCCCCCUCCACUGCACAAAAAUGAGAAAUGGGAAAGAUCAGGCAAAAAAAAUAUAAAAAACUGUAAGUCUGAAAAAAAGAUCCAUAGUCCAAAUCCAUUUCCAUAUCCAAAAAUGCAGAAAACAUUGGUAACAUUCUCCAGCUCAGUGGCGGGCCACACAGGCUCCUCUCUCCAGCAGCAGAGCGAUCUCACCAGCAAUCAAAAAGGCAGACAGCCAGUGCUCACCUUCCACGUUAUCCUUGAUGUUUUGAUCUCCCUCGUCACUUUAGUCGGCAAAAUGGAGUCAAAAAUCGCCACAAGCCUCACGCUCACUGCCUCCCAAAGCGCUGGAUCACCCAAACAAGCUCCAAACUGCAAAUCACAGGCUCCAACAGUUCCAGAAACAUAUUCAAUAUGAAAAACAGACUUAAAAAGAGAUUAAAGGAGUGAAAUCAAUAGUUUGUGGAGUAUCCGGAGAUGUCAACCAUGGGAGCACUGAAUGCAGGCGCCACCUUAACCAAUAUAUCUAGUAGUUUUGUAAGCUGUCCAUAAAAUGUCACCGUUGGUUGCUGAUGCCGUCUGGCUAUCUUUGAACUUUGAUAGCAAUAUUCCACAGGUGCAUAUUUGGACAGAUGAAUGAAUUGGUAGAAUAUACAGGAGUAACGGGAUAGUGUUCAUGGGUUCAUGGACCAUUCAGAAAACUGAUGGUGGAGAAAAAGAGCUGUUUCUAAAUUGUUGAUGUGGCUCUUUCCUUUAUCUCCUCCCUGAUGGUAGUAACAAGAAGAGGGGAUGGUGGUAGUUUAGGGUACAUUUACAAAAAAAACAGUUCUGAUUUUGUACCUUGGUAUAAAUAGAAAUAGUUUUGUGUAUCUUAAAAUGCAUUCUCAGUUGUUUACAUCGUAACAGUUUAAUGGCUCUGAGGCAGUUUAAUUUUGCGUUAAACUCAUUUA